UCGGUCGAGUCGGUCGCCUGGCGUUACCAGGCUUAUCCCGUCACAGGAUUCCUGUGUUUUUGCCAGAGGGCGGGCAUGGCCGCCAGCGGCGGCAACAAGAAAGCACAGACCCCGGUCAACGGCAAGCACGUCCGGUCACACAGCUUGAGAAGUUUACCGGAAGUGGCCACGGUGGUGACGGACAAGCCGAAGACGCAAAGCACUUGCGCGAGUAGCGACCCGCAGAACGUACAUGGCGCGGUCAAAUUCACUUCCACAUGGAAACAGGCAUGUGAUAGAACCAAAGAUCGAACAAAGCAACUGUUACGAAGAACAAUGUCAUGGAAGAAUGCUGCAGCUGUUCCUCAAGCUGAUGAACAAAAAUCAGAGUGCGAGUACACGUCUCCAACGUUGGAAGUACACGUGUUUGCUACUUGGGUCAAGCGUUGUGCGGACAGGGGUCAAUCGAAAACGGUGGAUCCCGUAUUUGAAUUGUCUCCUAUACAGGAGGAUAAGUUAUUGCAUUUUUUCAAGUAUUAUUUAGAUGGAGAUUGUGACGGGUUCGUAUUCGAACACGAUUUUCACCAGUUCGUCGAGAAGCUGAGGCGGUUUGCAGAUUGGUCGCCAAGCAGCGAUGAAUACAUAAUUUUAAAACAAGUUUUGGAAGAGUUGGUUCGAGUAUUUUUUCCCUGCGAAGAGGGCCAAAACGUCGCUUUCGUCAGUCUGUCGACGGAGGACUGGUUGAAAACGUGGCAAAGUACCUUGAACCGUUGUACAGGAACAUCAACACUACCUCUGUGGCUCAAGUAUUUGCAAAACAUACUGUUCAAAUCGUUAGAUUCCGGUAAUGGUAUAAUCGAAAAAGAUAAUUUACGAAGGUUUUUUUGUACAUUUUUGGAGUCGAACUGCGAAGAAGCCAAGGAAACCGUUAUCGACACUCUAUACAAAUCACUAACUUCAAAUGGCGAUUUCCCUUUAGACCAUGAUUGCUGGGGACUGUGUUUUGCCAACUGGUUGCUGGGAACCAAACCUAAUGGAUCGGGGCAAUGGCUUUUUGGCAAAUGUGGACCAACGGCCGAAUUCUUUCCCAUCGAUUAUUCCGCCAUGAACUCCACCGUCGAAACAAGAGACACUUAUUCGCCGAAGAGAAGAAGUGACAGACAUUCAAUUAUUGUCUAAAGAAAACACCGCGUGUAAUGAAUUAUAAUCAAUACUUACUCAUAUUUUAUUGCUGCGGUGUUGUUGCCAUGCGGACCAUGACACUAAACACGACUACUAUAUUUAUAAUUUACGUUUUUUUUGUAAUUCAAGAAAAAAAUGUAUGAACGUGUGUAAAAAAAAAAAAAAAAUAAUAUAAUUGUAUUAUAUUAUAUUUUGUGAUCGAUCUCAUUUUCAAUGUGUGUUGUUCAAAACAUACGUUGUUAUUUAUUAUUAUUACAACGUGCACCAGCAUAAUGAUGUUAUGCAUAAUACAAUAUAAACGUUGAAAUAACAUAGAUUAUAAUAUAAUAUACCUGCAAAUUAUUAUUUUUUUUAAUACCUAUUUGAUAAAAAAAAAAAACCAUAAAUUGAGUAGGUUAUAUCAGUGUCUAUCGAUCUGUUAAGGCUUUGGGUGAAGAGUUGAAUUUUUAAUAUAUAUUAUUUUUUCAUUAAUUUUUUUUUUGCCGUGAGGUCCGACACUAUUUCCACAGAUUAGCCAUUGGAGUGAGUUAAUACGUUUUUAAUGAAAGUUUAAAAGCACCGGUAACAUUUUUUGAGAGUGCUAGUAUUAUAUAAUUUAUAAAAUGAAAAUGAAUGACUUAAAUAAACUAGAAAAGUUUUUUUUUUCGGUGGCUUCUUCUUCCACGUCAAACAGCUUAUUGUUGUCAAUGUACUAUAAUAAGUUUACACUAUUGUUAUAUUUAUGUGUUAAGAGUCCCAAAAAUGUA